UCAAUUGCCAUUUGCAGAGGUCGUUUGAAGACUUGGUUCUAAUUAUUCGUAUUGGCGCUAGUUCUCCUUCUCGGUUCUCAAUUGAACCAUUGAACUGCAUCUCUUUCUCGGGCAUCUUUUUCAUCUAAGAUGACGAAAGGUACAUCGAGCUUUGGUAAGCGGCGUAAUAAGACGCACACAUUGUGCAGGAGAUGCGGUCGUAGUUCUUACCACAUCCAGAAGUCGAAGUGCGCGCAAUGCGGCUAUCCGGCCAAGAAAAUGCGUUCAUAUAACUGGUCGGUGAAGGCAAAGAGGAGGAAGACCACUGGUACUGGUCGUAUGCGUCAUCUCAAGAUUGUACGCCGCAAAUUCAAGAAUGGUUUCAGGGAAGGCUUACCGAAACCUAAAGCUGUCGCGGCUAAGUAAUACAAUGAUAUCUUGUCUAUUGUCUAAGAGUUGUACAAUUUUGACCAAUAAAAAAAUUUGAAAAAAUCCAAUCACAA